CACACACACACACACACAGAUAUUUAGAUUAUCCGACACUCACAUAACAGACACUAAACGCUUCGAGAGCAGAAACAAGGCAGGUCUGCUUAUCUUGAGAACUCAGAAGACAGAGAAGUGCACACACAAUGAAAUUUACAUCACUGUUGCCUGCCUGCUUGCUGCUGCUUUGGACGCUGCCAGACACCGAAGCAGAUGAUAUGAUUAAAGUCACAUCAUCAGGAGAUUGGAUUACUCUGAAUUGCAACAAGAAGUCCGACGAUGCAUCUUUCAAAGUAAAUGGUGUAGAGAAGAAAAAUCCUCUGACAAUACGUUACAAAGAUGAAUCGUCAGGACUCUACACAUGCUCCUUGAAAGUCGAAAACAACAAAAUCGAGGAAUACGAAAUCUAUUUGAAAUUACAAACCUGUGAAAACUGCAUCGAGCUCAACCUACCUACCAUAGUCGGCCUCACUAUUGGAGAUGCGGUGGCAACAAUCUUGUUAGGAUUGGCUGUCUACCUUAUCGCGUCUCAGGCUGGUCCAGUCAUCUCUCACAAGAAAAUUCGUCUGUCCUCAGGUUCCGAGCGACCGCUUCCAAAUGAGAUGCGCAACAGAGCCUCAAACGACCCAUACCAGCGUCUGAGAUUCAACAGUGGUGCCCGGAAGGACACGUAUGAUGUCAUUAACCACAAUAGAUAGAGGGGUGGACCGCCCCAUCUCCGCCCCCAGAUGUGCAGCGUGUGAUGCAUUGUCGCUCAACCUUGAUGUAAUUUGCUCUUUAUUAUACUAAUAUUAGUUUAUUUUCACUGUGCUUGUUUGAUGAGCUUGUUGCAUUAUUUUCAUUUUAGCAGUAUUUUUGACCAUGUGUUAUUUUCCUUAAUUAUCGAUUUGUUGUAUCUGCACAUAUGGGGCUGCUAGAACCACGCCACAAUAAACCUUACAGAUGUUUUUUUUCCAACAAAAUUGUCAUCACCAUGUUGUAUGAUGAAAAUUUGCAAUAAAAUACUUGCCUGUCUUUUCUGAU